AUGUGACCGCCCACCUUGGUCACAUGAGCCAAUACUUUGCUGCUGAUUCAGGGUCGCAAAUUUGGACCGGCUGAAUGCUCAUGUUUCCUUUGGUUGUCUGCAUUUUGAAGUAGCGUUCGUUACGCGUAUGUUGAUUUUCUGCUCAAACAUAAGAAAUAAGAAAUGUCUGUCAUACGGGGAAGGAACUUUAAAACAGGAAGUGUGCUCGCGACCGUACUGUCGCUAUUACUUCCCGCUGUCAUCAUCUGCUCUGUCACGAUUAAACCCCUGCUGUUUGAAGAACAGCUACUGUGGGUGAGCGGGGUGCAAGGGGAGGUGAACACCUACAGGAUCCCUCUGAUCACCUUCACCCCCAUGGGAAGUCUGCUGGCUUUCGCCGAGGGUAGGAAGUCCUCAUCCAGCGAUACUGGAGCAAAGUUCAUUGCAAUGCGGCGGUCCACUGACAAAGGAUCCACGUGGUCACCGACCAGCUUCAUUGUUGAUGAUGGACUUGCCCAGGACGGCCUGAACCUGGGCUCGGUGGUGGUAGACCAGGAAGUGGGCUCAGUUAUUCUGAUCUACACUUCCUGUUUCCACCUGUACAACUGUCGUCCUGCUAGUACCAUGAUGGUAGAAAGCAUUGAUGACGGCCUGAGCUGGAGUUCACCCAGAAAUCUCUCGGUCGAGUUAGGAGUCAAGAAUUUUGCUCCCGGACCAGGUUCUGGCAUCCAGAAACACUAUGAGCCAAACCAGGGAAGGUUGGUGGUGUGUGGUCAUGGAACGUUGGAAGGGGAUGGUGUUUUUUGCAUCCUGAGUGAUGAUCAUGGACACACUUGGUUCAAUGGCGCAGCGCUGAAAAGCAUCCCUUACAACCAGAAGAAAAGGCCGCUAGACUUUAAUCCUGAUGAGUGCCAGCCAUUCGAAAUGACCGACGGAAGCAUUGUCAUCAAUGUCCGAAACCAGAACAACUACCACUGCAGGUGUCGCGUGGUGGUGCGAAGCCGAGAUGGCGGAAUGUCCCUGCCCAUAGACGACCUGUACUUUGACUAUGAGCUUGUGGAUCCGGCAGUAGCAGCUGGGGCCUUUCAAAAAGAAGGGGUGCUCUUCUUCACGAACCCAUCGAAUGCACUACAAAGAAUUAACCUUACCUUACGUUGGUCACUGACUGACGGGAACUCCUGGGAGAAGGAGGCCCUGCAGAUUUGGCCGGGCCCAAGUGGUUACUCCUGCAUCACGUCAAUGGACAGUGACUCUGUGGACGACCGGAAACACAUCUAUGUCAUCUACGAGAAGGGGCAGAAAGAUUACUAUGAGACCGUCUCAUUUGCCAAGAUCCACCUGUAUGGAGGCCGGUAAUACACAUGAAUCAGAGGGUUUGACUCCCGAAGGAAAAACGGGACCACUUUCUCAGGAAGGAACAAAAGUGACUUUUUUUCCCCACCUUAAUUUUGGAAUGCAAACUAUUUGAAAUGUGAAUCCCUGCACCAUGAUGGCCAUAAUUGUUUUUCCUCUGCCUUCCUUUGUCUUUUAAUGAGCGAGACUGUCUUUAUUAAGACAGAUUUUUUUUUCUUUUGGAUGAAAGAGAUUUUGUACAGGUGUUGCUCUGGGACUGACCCCCCAAACCCAAAAAGACAUGUCCAAACUGUAUAUAUUGAAAACAGACAGUUUUUAUUUCAUUGUGAUAUCUACCAUCACAGUCUGUAUUUGAGUUUCCAACUGUGCUUGGAAUUCAGUAGAAUUAAACAACGCUUUAAUGGUGCUUAAUUUUAAAGGACUUUACAUAUAGUUUACAGUAUGGAGCCUGAAAUGCACUUGUGUUUCAACUUUGCCCAUUUGUCUAAAAAUGUCAUACAUCCAAUUUGAUUUUAACAGUUCCUUUACAAAAUGUAAAGUAAUGUUCCUGGCCUUUUGAUGAAUGUACUGCACGUUGGAAUCUCUUUUUGCGUUUCAGUGGUUUGCUUAAAACCAUGGCUAUAAUUUUAAAAGUGCAUAAGUGUGGGUGAAUGUGAGGAGCCUGGAAGCCACUCCUACUUAUGAUGCAAUCAGUGUGUGGGGAAUUUAUUUUUACAUUUUGUAUUCAUCUUAACUAUUUUUGGAUUUGCACCAAUUCAGAUGGACUCCUUGCCAACACCUCCCUGAUCAACAGAAAUAAAUUGUUGUUGCCAAAAUAUUCA